AUGGGGUCUAUGGAGCAGACGAUUCUGGUGACCGGCGGGGCGGGGUUUAUUGGGAGCCACACGGUGGUUCAGCUUCUCGAAGCAGGGUUUAGGGUUUCCAUCCUUGAUAAUCUUGACAAUUCCGUCAUUGAAGCUGUUGAUCGCGUUCGAGACUUGGUCGGCCCUAAGCUCUCUCAGAAGCUCCACUUUCAUUUGGGUGAUCUCAGACAUAAGGACGAUUUGGAGAGGCUGUUUUCUCAAACAAAAUUUGAUGCUGUGAUCCACUUUGCUGGCCUGAAAGCUGUAGGAGAGAGUGUUGCUCACCCACGCCGUUAUUAUGACAAUAAUUUGGUUGGCACUAUUAAUCUCUAUGAGGUCAUGACAAAAUACAACUGUAAAAAGGUUUGA